CAGCCCCCUCCUGGUCCCCCGCUGCCUCCUCCGCUGUUCUCCUCUCUUCCUGGUGCCGGCGUGUCCCCAGCCCCCGCCCGCCUGCCUGCCCCUCCUCGGUCCAGGGCGCUGCCGGCACUUCCCCUCAGCUUUUGCCUCCUCCUCCUCCUCCUCUUCAUUCUCCUCAUCGACCUCGUCUGCUCUCCCCCCCCUGCCCCACCCCCAGCCCCCCCAGCCUGGGUCCUAGGGGCUUGCUCUGCAGAGAUGAGGGUCCUGGCCUGCCUCCUUGCUGUUCUGAUGGGGAUUCAGGCUGUGGAGCGGCUGCGCCUGGCGGGGGGCCCCCACGGCUGUGCUGGGCGGCUGGAGGUGCGGCACGGGGGGCGCUGGGGAACGGUGUGUGACGACGGCUGGGACCUGCGGGAUGCUGCCGUGGCCUGCAGGGAGCUGGGCUGUGGAGGAGCUCUGGCCGCCCCCGCAGGGGCUUUCUUUGGAGAGGGAAUCGGGCCUGUCUGGCUGAGUGAGCUGGCUUGUCGGGGGUCCGAGAGCAGGCUGAGCCUCUGUCGCCACAGGGGCUGGAAGGCACACAUCUGCUCGCAUGAGGAGGACGCUGGCCUCGUCUGUGUAGGUCAGCGGGCAACCAAUUCGAGGCCAGAUUCAACAGAGCCCCUGGACCGGGAGCUGUGGUCUGAGGGCUCCCCAACGGCCCCAGGUGAGGCCCCAAGAUCUCCGUCUGCAGGAUCUGCAGAGCCUGACACUUACAUCUCCCCUCCCCUCCCCUCAUUCACCCCUCCCCUAGCUGGGAACCCGACAAGCAGCCCGCAGAAGGCCCCUCGGCCCCCCAAGCUGCCAAAGGCCACCCAGGCCCCUCUGCUGACUUCCAGUGCUUCCCGACAGGAGCGUCUGCGCCUGGCAGGGGGGCCCCACGGCUGUGCUGGGCGGCUGGAGGUGUGGCACGGGGGCCGCUGGGGGACGGUGUGUGACGACGGCUGGGACCUGCGGGAUGCUGCCGUGGCCUGCAGGGAGCUGGGCUGUGGGGGAGCCCUGGCCGCCCCUGGAGGGGCCCGCUUUGGGGAAGGGUCGGGCCCCGUUUGGAUGGAUGAUGUGGGCUGCGGAGGUGGGGAGCAGGCCCUCCAGGACUGUCCCCGGAGCCCUUGGGGACGAAGCAACUGUGACCACACAGAGGAUGCCGGACUGGUCUGUGAAGGCCCAGCCCCCCGCUUGCGCCUGGCUGGGGGUCCCAAUGGCUGUGCUGGGCGACUGGAGGUGUGGCAUGGAGGCCGCUGGGGGACAGUAUGUGAUGACGGCUGGGACCUGCGGGAUGCUGCCGUGGCCUGUAGAGAACUGGGCUGUGGCGGUGCCCUAGCUGCCCCUGGAGGGGCCUUCUUUGGGGAGGGGGCUGGGCCCAUCCUGCUGGAUGACCUGCGGUGCAAGGGGAAUGAGACGUCCCUGGGGUUCUGCCCAGCCCGACCCUGGGGCCAGCAUGAUUGUCACCACCGAGAGGAUGCAGGGGCUGUGUGUGACGGUCUGCCUCUGGGCUUGCCUACCCCAGGCAGCAGCCAUGGGACCCUGGACACUCAGGCCCCCACUAGUGGGCUGUCCCCUGCCUCUCCCACAUCCCUGCCGGAACCAGGCCCUGAGGAGGGCACCCCCCGCCUUCGCCUAGUGUCUGGGCCAGGCCGGUGCGCCGGGAGGCUAGAGGUGUGGUAUGGCGGUCGCUGGGGGACUGUGUGUGAUGAUGGCUGGGAUGUACGGGAUGCCACGGUGGCCUGCCGGGAGCUGGGAUGUGGUGUCCCCCAGGAGCCAGGCCCUGCCGCUGGCCGCUUUGGCUGGGGGGAGGGCCCCAUCUGGCUGGAUGACGUGGCUUGCAGUGGGACUGAGGUCUGGCUAGCCAACUGCCCUGCAGCCCCCUGGGGAAAACACAACUGUGCCCAUAAUGAGGAUGUGGGGGUCACUUGCACAGGGAGUCUUGGGCCUGACUUGGUCCCAGGCCCCUUCAGCUGGAGCUGGACCCCAGAGCCACAUGAGGAUGGACAGGGCUGGCCACUGAGGUGGACCACUGAGAGUCUGGGGGAUGUGGCCACCCAGCUGACUACUAGCAGCCCCAGAACCACAGUGGCCAAGCCACCAGCGAGAACUCCACAUAGCUCCAAAAAAUGGACCACAAAGAAACCACGGAAACCCACCAUGCGACCUCCUGGACAAUCAACCACUAAGGUCCCACGGAGGCAGACAACCCGGGUUCCACAAGGCCCGGCUACUCCUCAACCGACCACACAGGCUCCCCGAGGCCAGACCCCCCAGGCCUCCCCCAAACUGACCACACAGGCUCCCCGAGGCCAGACCCCCCAGGCCUCCCCCAAACUGACCACACAGGCUCCCCGAGGCCAGACCCCCCCGGCCUCCCCCAAACUGACCACACAGGCUCCCCGAGGCCAGACCCCCCCGGCCUCCCCCAAACUGACCACACAGGCUCCCCGAGGCCAGACCCCCCCGGCCUCGCUCCCCGAGGCCAGACGCCCCCGGCCUCCCCAAACUGACCACACAGGCUCCCCGAGGCCAGACCCCCCGGCCUCCCCCAAACUGACCACACAGGCUCCCCCCGAGGCCAGACCCCCAGGCCUCCCCCAAACUGACCACACAGGCUCCCCGAGGCCAGACCCUCCAGGCCUCCCCCAAACUGACCACACAGGCUCCCCGAGGCCAGACCCCCCGGCCUCCCCCAAACUGACCACACAGGCUCCCCGAGGCCAGACCCCCCAGGCCUCCCCCAAACUGACCACACAGGCUCCCCGAGGCCAGACCCCCCCGGCCUCCCCCAAACUGACCACACAGGCUCCCCGAGGCCAGACCCCCCCGGCCUCCCCCAAACUGACCACACAGGCUCCCCGAGGCCAGACCCCCCAGGCCUCCCCCAAACUGACCACACAGGCUCCCCGAGGCCAGACCCUGCAGGACUCAUUCCCACUGCCCACUCAGACUUCACUACCCAAUAUUCCAAUGACAUCUUCCGCCAACCCCCCACUGGCCACUCAGUCCUCACAAAGACAACCUUCCCAGGUCACCCCACAGCUAAACACUCAAGUCCCCAAGGAAGCCACCCCAAUGGAUAGAGAUGAGAGUUCCUCUGAGACCUCCCCAGACCCAGGCUCUUCCACACCGGGGGCUGAGAGCAGCUGGGAGGCCUUGAAGACUUUACCCACAAGCACUCUCAAAGACUUGUCCUCCACCCCGACCUGGCCAGGCUCUGGAGACUCGGGUGUUUUUCGGCUGCGUCUCUCCGAUGGGCCUGACCGGUGCGCCGGGCGGCUGGAGGUGCGGCGUGGUGACGUCUGGGGAACCGUGUGUGACGAUGGCUGGGAUCCCCGAGACGCGGCCGUGGCCUGCCGGGAGCUAGGCUGCGGGGGCAUCCGACCCCGCGUGGGCAAAACCUACUACGGAUCCGGGACGGGCCCGAUCUGGCUAGAUGAUGUAGGCUGUGUGGGUGUGGAGGCCUCGCUAGGGGACUGUCCAGCCUCACCCUGGGGGAUUCACAACUGCGAGCACCAGGAGGAUGUGGGGCUCACCUGCACAGGAGACAUGGAGGAUGGCAGUGAUCUCCCCUGGGCCUGGGACACCAGUUCUCGCAGGGACACCGCCCCGGGGAGCCUCACAACAACUGCUUCCAGCCAUGACCUUGCUUCUCAGACCCCCCGGGACCGCGGAGACCCAGAUUUCCACAGUCGGUCUCUGCCCUUGCAGCCUACAGCAGCCCCCAAGGAGGCCCCCAGUCCAGAUCUCCAGCUGACCACUGAAUCUAGUACACAGUUGACCUCUGAUCUCAGACUGUCCCUGACCACUGACCCCAACCCACAGCUGACCCCUGGCUCAGACAAACAGCUGACUCCUGACCCCAGUCCACAGCUGACCACUGACUCUGGCCAACUACUGACCUCUGACCCCAACCCACCGCCGAUCUCUGAUAUCAGCCAAAAACGGACUUCAGAUGUUGUCCUAGAGCUGACCUCUGACCCCAGCCCACAGCUGACCCCAGAUUCUACACCUCAGCUGACCUCUGACUCCUCUCCAGUGUCAGUGGUAACCUUCUACACUGAUCCUGGCCCACAGCCGAGCCCUGACUCUACCCCAGAGCUCACCUCUGAUUUUACCCCUAAAGGGGAGCUCACCCCUUUGCCCACCCCCCAGCCAAUACCUGAUGUUGCCCCACGGUUGACAUCUGAUACCAACCUACAACUGACCAUUGAGUCCUUCUCACACCUGACCUCUGACCCUAGCCCACAGCUGACCCCUCACUCUGCCCUAGACCUGACCUCUGGCCCUAGCUCACAGCUGACCCCUACCUGGGCCCUAGACCUGACCUCUGACCCUAGCCCACUACUAACUCCUCCCUCCACUGAACCACCGUUCACUCCUGGUUCUGUCUCCCACCUGAUCUCUGACCUGUCCCUGCAGAUGACUGCUGAUCCCACCUUCGAACCAGUACUGACCACUCAGCCCUCUGUAGAUUCACAGCUGACCCCGUCUUCCAGUCCUACCCAAACUAACCUGCUGAUGCCCGACCCUUCUCCAAGCCCAAAGGUGACCACUGCCUCCCCCAGUGUUCAUGGGCUGACCUCUGACUUGGCCUCUUCUACACAGCUGGUCCCAGAGCUCAGUCCCACCUCCCAGCAAGCCAGAGUGUUCCCUGCCAGCCCAGGGAUGCCCUCAAAGUACACACCAUCCCCGCCACCUGGGCCUGCUAGCCCCUCACAGACCCCCCCAGGCCUCGGGAUGAGUCUAGUUGGGCCCUCCCCGGUGGCUCCUAGCCCUGCUCCCAGCCCCAGCCCCGAGCCUUCAGAGGUUCCACCCAGGAGUGCAGCACCUUCUGGGACCCCAGAUUCUAUCUCUAGGCAAAACUCAAGUGUCCCACAAUUUGUAGCCUCACAGCCCACCAUUAGCCCCAGUCUGGUCCCUAACCUUGCCACACUUCCAGAGCAGGGUCCCAAGCAUCCUCCAACAGCUGGCUCUGGGGGGGUCUUGGAUGGUCCUUCGGUCCCCCCACAGUCCCCAGGUCCCAGUGAUGUGGAGACUGGCCAGUGUGUGCUGGCCACUCCCCUCACCCCAACCGUCCUUCGAGUCAUGGCCUGCGAGCCCCCGGCCCUGCGGGAGCUGGUUGGGGCAGUGAGGGAUGUGGGCAAACAGCUGCGGAGUCUGACCCAGGCGGUCCAGCAGAACCGAGAGGAGAGAAGGACGGUAGGCCUGGAGCUGGGGCAGCUGGUGGAGGCCAUCAGAGGCCUGGGCGAUCUGGGCCAGGCCCUGAGAGGGCUGGUGGAGGCGUCGAGGACCUCCGUGGCCCCCAGGCUCCAAGAGGAGGAGGAAGAGGAGGAGAGACCGCGAAGAGGCGACGUGUGAGCUCCCCAGACAAAGGACAGAGAUGCCCUCCUCCCCCAAGUGAACAAAGACACCCAGAACUAGU